GUUUUGUGUCUUAACGUGUGGUGUAUUCUGGAAAAUGUUCCAUGUGCUCUUGAAAAGAAUGUAUAUUAUGCUGCCUUGGAGUGUAAUGUCCUGAACAUACCAUAGAUUAAGUCCAUGUUGCCUAAUGUGUCAUUUAAGGCUAUUGUUUCCUUGUUGAUUUUCUGUCUGGAUAAUCUGUCUAUUGAUGUCAAUAGAGUGUUAAGUUCCCCUACUAUUGUUGUCUUACUGUCAGUCUCUCUCUUUAUGUCCACCAAUAUUUGUUUUAUAUGUCUGGGUGUUUCUAUGUUGGUUGCAUAGAUGUUUACAAGAAUACAUCCUCUUGUUGGAUUGAUUGCUGUAUCAUGAAAUUCUCUUCUAUAUCUUGUUACAGCCUUUGUUUAAAAUCUGUUUUGCCUGAUAUAACAGACUGUUUUUUUUUCAUUUCUAUUUGCAUGAAAUACCUUUUUUCAUCCCUUUACUUUAAGUCUCUGUGUGUCUUUUGAUCUGAAGUGGAUCCCUUGAAAACAGCAUACGUAUGGGCCUUGUUUUCUUACCCAUUUAGCUAUCCUAGGUCUGUUGAUUGGAACUUUUAAUCCAUUUUCAUUUAAAGCACAGUCAAACCUCAGUUUUUCACCAUCUUCCAUCUCAAACAAUUUGUUUCUACACCAAGUUGUUUGCAGAAAAAAUGUCUCAGUUGUCAAACGAAACUUCAGUUCUUGACAUGACAACUGUUUCAUGCUGAUACCUGUAUGAUCAGUCAUGUGUCUCUCAGGAGACCAACAAAGGAGAGAAUGCUCGGAGUACAAUUCAGUUUACUGCUCAAGUUGUUAACAUCACAGGAAAUUGUGCUGUGAAUAUAUUCAUGUUGUUGUUUUUUUGCUUUUGAGGAUCUGGAACCAGUUACUCAGCUUAUGUUAUUUCUAAUGGGAAAAAAUGAUUUGGUUUUCCAACAAAUCACUUCUCAAACAGCCUUCCAGAACGGAUUAGGUUCCAGAACUGAGAUUCCACUGUAAUUAUUGAUAGGUUUCCCCUCAAAAAACCUAUAAGGCAUGGAAGUAUUUUGAACCGAGAGUCACCAACAGAUAAGAAGCAGAAAGUUGAGCGCAGUGCAUCCCAUGAUUUUGACCCCACAGAUAGCUCCUCCAAGAAGACAAAGUCUAGUUCAGAGGAGAGUAGAUCCGAGAUAUAUGGUCUUGUUCAGCGCUGUGUGAUCAUCCAGAAGGAUGACAAUGGAUUUGGGCUGACGGUCAGUGGAGACAAUCCAGUCUUCGUACAGUCUGUCAAAGAAGAUGGAGCAGCCAUGCGGGCCGGAGUACAGACAGGUGAUCGAAUCAUCAAGGUGAAUGGGACUCUGGUGACUCAUUCAAAUCACGUGGAGGUGGUGAAGUUAAUCAAAUCUGGUUCCUAUGUAGCCCUCACUGUUCAGGGACGCCCACCUGGGAUGCCCCAGAUUCCACUUGCUGAUUCUGAAGUAGAGCCAUCAGCCACCGGACAUCUGUCGCCCAUCACGACAUCCCCUCACUCACCGGGAGCAUCGGGGAAUAUGGAGAGAAUCACCAGUCCUGUGCUCAUGGGGGAGGAAAACAAUGUGGUUCAUAACCAGAAAGUAGAAAUUCUGAGGAAAAUGUUACAGAAAGAACAGGAACGGCUACAGUUACUGCAGGAAGAUUACAACCGAACCCCUGCCCAAAGAUUGCUAAAAGAGAUCCAAGAGGCCAAGAAACACAUUCCUCAGCUGCAAGAGCAGUUAUCCAAAGCCACGGGCUCUGCUCAGGAUGGAACCGUAAUUAUACCCUCCAAGCCUGGAGGUGAUACUCCAGCAGUCAGUGAGGUCGAAGCAGACCCUGGGGAUGGACUGGGCCGAGUUGACUGUAGCAGUGGAGAUGCUUCAUGGCCCAGUAGUGACCAUGCGGAUAAUCCUAGGAGUGGCCUGAAAGAGAGGACUUAUCUCGAGGAAAACCCAGAGAAAAAUGAAGUAAUUCAGGACACUGACACUCAGUCACUUACCAUGAGUCCCUCGACCCGUGUAGCACCUCAUAUUAUUGGAGCAGAGGAUGAUGAUUUUGGUACUGAACAUGAGCAGAUCAAUGGGCAGUGCAGCUGCUUCCAGAGCAUUGAACUGCUAAAAUCUCGCCCUGCUCACUUGGCUGUUUUUGUACACCAUGUAGUGUCACAGUUUGACCCUGCAACAUUGCUCUGUUAUCUCUACUCAGACCUUUAUAAACAGACCAAUUCCAAGGAGACUCGGCGUGUCUUCCUCGAGUUUCAUCAGUUCUUCCUGGAUCGAUCUGCACACUUGAAAGUUCCUGUUCCUGAUGAAAUAUCAGUAGAUUUAGAAAAAAGAAGACCCGAGCUAAUUCCUGAGGAUCUACAUCGCCACUAUAUUCAAACUAUGCAAGAAAGAGUCCACCCAGAAAUUCAGAGGCACUUGGAAGAUUUUCGGCAGAAACGGAGCAUGGGCCUGACCUUGGCUGAAAGCGAACUGACUAAGCUUGAUGUAGAGCGAGACAAGGACCGGGUAACUUUGGAGAAGGAACGGGCAUGUGCAGAACAGAUUGUUGCCAAAAUUGAAGAAGUGUUGAUGACUGCUCAGGCUAUAGAAGAAGAUAAGAGUUCAACCAUGCAGUAUGUUAUUUUCAUGUACAUGAAGCAUUUGGGAGUAAAAGUGAAAGAACCUCGAAAUUUGGAGCAUAAGCGGGGUCGGAUUGGAUUCCUUCCAAAAAUCAAGCAAAGUAUGAAGAAAGAUAGGGAAGGCGAAGAAAAAGGGAAGCGAAGAGGAUUCUCCAGCAUCCUGGGACCCCCAAGGAGACCAAGCCGUCAUGACAACAACGCAAUUGGCAGAGCCAUGGAGCUACAGAAGCAGCGCCACCCUAAGCAUUUAUCCACACCCUCACCUGUGAGUCCUGAACCCCAGGAUGCUGCUAAGUCACGCCAGAGCGGGCUGGCAAGUGAAGGAGCAGACGCUGGGUACCUGCAGGCCAGUCCCAUGUCCUCGGUGGCCACAGUGGCCACUCUUUCCCAAGACGGAGGGAAAGAGAAUGAUAUGGGAUCAAAGCAAGUUGGAGAAGCACCAGCAUCUGGAGACUCCUUAGAUGGCACACCUCGUACUUCCAAUACCGUCUUUGAUUUUCUGCCUCCUCCAUUAGACCAGGUGCAAGAGGAGGAAUGGGAAGUAGAAAGAAUGACUGAACAUGGGACACCAAAGCCCUUUCGAAAGUUAGACAGCAUAGCUUUUGGAGAAAGUCAAAGUGAGGAUGAACAGUUUGAAAAUGACUUAGAGACAGAUCCACCCAACUGGCAACAGCUCGUUAGUCGAGAAGUGUUAUUGGGACUAAAGCCUUGUGAAAUCAAAAGGCAGGAAGUAAUUAAUGAAUUGUUUUAUACUGAAAGAGCUCAUGUUCGAACACUAAAGGUUCUUGAUCAAGUGUUCUAUCAGCGAGUGUCCAGAGAAGGAAUUCUGUCACCUUCAGAAAUACGGAAAAUUUUUUCAAACUUGGAAGAUAUUCUUCAACUUCACAUUGGGUUGAAUGAGCAAAUGAAGACUGUUCGAAAGAGAAAUGAGACUUCUGUUAUUGAUCAAAUUGGGGAAGAUUUGCUGACCUGGUUCAGUGGGCCGGGGGAGGAGAGGCUGAAGCAGGCAGCAGCGACCUUCUGCAGUAACCAGCCUUUUGCCCUGGAAAUGAUCAAAUCUCGUCAGAAAAAGGAUUCUCGAUUCCAGACUUUUGUGCAAGAUGCUGAGAGUAAUCCAUUGUGCCGGCGUCUGCAGCUGAAGGAUAUCAUUCCCACCCAAAUGCAGAGGCUCACCAAGUACCCUCUUCUGUUGGACAACAUUGCUAAAUACACAGAGUGGCCGACAGAAAGAGAGAAGGUCAAGAAAGCUGCAGAUCACUGUCGUCAGAUCUUAAAUUAUGUAAAUCAGGCUGUCAAAGAGGCAGAAAACAAGCAGCGUUUAGAAGAUUACCAGCGUCGCCUUGAUACCUCCAAUCUGAAGUUCUCAGAGUACCUAAAUGUUGAAGAGCUCAGGAAUUUGGAUCUAACAAAAAGGAAGAUGAUUCAUGAAGGGCCAUUGGUUUGGAAGGUGAACAGAGAUAAAACCAUCGAUCUGUAUACACUGCUGCUGGAGGACAUCCUCGUGUUGCUACAGAAGCAGGAUGACAGGCUGGUGUUGAGGUGCCACAGCAAGGUCCUGGCAUCCACGGGUGACAGCAGGCACACCUUCAGCCCUGUCAUUACCUUGAGCACAGUGCUGGUUCGACAGGUGGCCACAGAUAACAAAGCUUUCUUCGUCAUCUCCAUGUCAGACAAUGGAGCCCAAAUUUAUGAACUGGUGGCACAGACAGUUUCUGAAAAAACUGUCUGGCAGGACCUAAUCUGCCAGAUGGCUGCAUCAGUGAAGGAGCAAUCCACGAGGCCCAUCCCACUGCCACAGCCGCCACCUUGCGAAGGAGACAAUGAUGAAGAGCCUCCAAAGUUAAAAGUGGAGGAUCAGGGCGCGUCGGUCACUGGCCCGCAGAGCCCAGGCUUCUCUGAGAAGUCAGAGAUAGACGAUCUCUUUGUGGCUGAGAGACAUUUCGCAAAGGAGCAGCAUGCAGAUGGAACUGUAAAGGAAGUUGGAGUAAAUUAUCAAGUCACAAUCCCAGAUCCACACUUACCCAUCUCAGAAGAGCGGUGGGCAUUGGAUGCACUACGGAAUUUGGGUUUGUUGAAGCAGCUGCUGGUACAGAAGCUGUGUCUCGCUGAGAAGAGCACUCAAGAAGACUGGCCACAGUUCUCAAGAUACAGAAUGGCCUCUCCAGGGGUGCAGGCAGACAGGGGAACCCAGAACUGUGAAAUGAUUAAGGCCUAUCCUCCUGGUGAAAGACAGAUGCCCCUUAGAACUGGAACUGGUGUCAUUUCAACUUGCUACAGUCCACGGACUUCAGCUGAGUCUUGUGCUCCACGGGAUUCUGUGGCACUGGCAUUCCACCAUAGCCAGGCAAGCGGCGUUUCAGUAACGAGCCCCAUGGUGGUGACCCCAGAGGCUCCUCCUGCAGAGCCAGAAGGAGGUCUGGAUGAGAGUGGAGAGCACUUUUUUGAUGCCCGUGAAGUGCAUAGUGAUGAUUAUUCACCAGGAGGCGAUGGAGCAGUUCAAAAGGAAGAGAAGGGUGUUACCCUACACAUCUCAGGAAACUACUUGAUCCUCGAUGGCUAUGAAACAGUGCAGGAGAGCUGCACCGACGAGGAGGCUGCUUCCUCACUCACCCUGCAGCCCACCGCAGGCCUCCCCUCUGUGGACCCCACUCAGCAGCAGCAGCAGCAUUCUCCCCAGAAUGCUUUUUCUGAUGACACAACUUCACCACUCACCCCAGAAUUCCUGGCUCUGCAGCACUGGGGAGCAACAGGGGACUCCUGCUUUGAGAUGCAGAGGCCCCCCACUUGUGCAGCUUCACAAGACCGGGUCCUGGAGUACAUUUGUAAGAUAGAAGCUGACCUCGAACACCUAAAGAAGGUGGAGGAAAGUUAUACCAUUCUUUGCCAAAGGCUCGCAGGAUCAGCCCUCACAGACAAACACUCAGAAAAAAGCUAGAGCUGCGUGUCCUAGAAGCUGUCGGAUUUUGCGCAUCGGCCAUGUACCAGCACAUCCUGGCCCCAGCGUGGAUGAACAGAGAGUGUGACAGAGCAUCUGCCUGUGAAGCCCCUGGGGUUGGCCAUGCCCAGGGGCCCAAGCAGGACUAGUUCUUCACAGCCUGGCAGGUGCACUGCUCUGUCACUGAGGGAGUCCAUUCCCUACUCUGCUCUCCUCACUAUCAGAAAUUCAUUUUGAUUCAGAACAAAAACCAAAUGUAUAGAUUUUUGGGUGUAGGAUAUGAAAUUUUAUUUAGACUUAAGAAAAUGAUAAAAUCAGAUGUAUUUAUUUGACUUCAUUCCAUAUUUGAAGGCACAUUUUAAUUUUAAUUUUGCUGUGUUUUGUUUUAAUUGCAUAGUGAGAAUUUUAGCCCUUUAUAUUUAGUACACCCAAGAAUCAGUCGCGCCUGAAGCAGAGAGUUCAGGACGGGAUACUAGGAGGUUGACUAGAGAGGAAGAGAAGGGAAGGCAGUGAGAAGGGAGGAGCAGCAGCCUUCUGCACUGUACCCCAUGCCCUCUGCUGUCCCGGAGGCUGCUUGCUGACCCUGACCUCAAAGGCGUGGUAGUGCCUGUGGCUCGUGUGUGUGCAGGGGCCUUGAGCUGUCUGCCGCCCAGGUGGGCGGAGAGUAGGUGGUUUCCUCCCAUCUGAGGCAAGCACCUCUUCUCUAGCUGGAAUCAGCCCCCAGUGACAAGAAUCCUCAAAUGUACUAAACAGCAGACACUUGAAAAUGGGUGUUUUCUUCUGUUGUUUUCUUUUCUAUUGAGGGUUGAGAUUUGGGAGGGAAAGGAAAGCAAAUUUUAUUUUCUUGACUGUAAAUUUGUUUUUCUUAACAUUGUUUCAUUUUUUAUAAUUAUACAUUGGACUUCAGCACUUGUGUACAAUUAUUCCUGCAGAUUGUGCAGGAAGUAAAAAUAAAAAGCAAAUAGAGA